GCCAACACCCAGACACAACUCCAGCUCUCUGCCAACACCCAGACACAACUCCAGCUCUCUGCCAACACCCAGACACAACGCCAGCUCUCUGCCAACACUCAUCAUCAACGCCAGCUCUCUGCCAACACCUCGGCACAGCAACAACUCUCUGCCAACACCCAGACACAACGCCAGCUCUCUGACAACUCUCUUCCACAUCAACAAUUCUCUGCCAACACCCAGACACAACGCCAGCUCUCUGCCAACACUCAUCUUCAACGCCAGCUCUCUGCCAACACCUUGGCACAGCAACAACUCUCUGCCAACACCCAGACACAACUCCAGCUCUCUGCCAACUCUCUUCCACAGCAACAACUCUCUGCCAACACUCCUCUUCAACGCCAAAACUCUUUGCAACACUCAUCUUCAACGCCAGCUCUCUGCCAACACCUCGGCACAGCAACAACUCUCUGCCAACACUCAGACACAACUCCAGCUCUCUGCCAACUCUCUUCCACAGCAACAACUCUCUGCCAACACCCAGACACAACGCCAGCUCUCUGCCAACUCGCUUCCACAUCAACAAUUCUCUGCCAACACCCAGACACAACUCCAGCUCUCUGCCAACACUCAGACACAACGCCAGCUCUCUGCCAACACUCAUCUUCAACGCCAGCUCUCUGCCAACACCCAGACACAACGCCAGCUCUCUGCCAACACUCAUCUUCAACUCCAGCUCUCUGCCAACUCUCUUCCACAGCAACAACUCUCUGCCAACACUCCUCUUCAACGCCAGCUCUCUGCAACAUCAUCUUCAACGCCAGCUCUCUGCCAACACCUAG